UCGCCGUUAAUGCAUUUGACCGCUUACUCACAUAAAAGAAAAAAUCGAAAAGAACAGAAAAAUCAAAACCAGUAGAGAGAGAGAGAGAGACAGAGAGAGCAACGCAGAGAAAGCAGAGAAGAAUACAGGAGAUAAGAUACAAACGAGGGGUUUUGUGGAAGGAAGCAAGGGAUUUAUGUCGGAGGGUUUUGGCCAGUUGAUGGUUGUUGGAGGAGCUCUAAAGCAGCUCUGGAUUUGUUCUUCUUUUGCUCUGUUCUUCGUCUGCAUGCAAUCUCUCAAACAGGCUUCUGUUUACAGGCGGAGAAAAGGGUUGCAGAUGCAUUUGCCAUCCAAAAGGUUUUUCUAUCACAUAGAGGGGUUUUUCUUUCUGUUCUUGUUCCUUAGAGGCGCUCUUACUUGAUAGAGCUGUCUUGAGAUCUUUCUUGCCAUUUCAACCGAUUUUGUUUUAUUUUUGGUCUUUUUGGAUUUUGGGUUUUUAGUUUUUUUAUUCUGGAAACGGGUAUUCUUCUUCUUUCUUGAAGAGAAAAUGCCGGGGCCUCAACGACAGCUAUUGAAUCAAGAUAGGGUCUGUAGAAAAGGGAAGAAGAAGUCGGAUUUUGAAGAAGAGAUGAAGACUGUGAGGAAAAUACGCGUUCUCUGCAAUGAUCCUGACGCUACGGAUUCUUCGAGCGAAGAUGAAGAAUCGAAAGAUGUGAGGAGGAAGAAUAGAUCGAAGCGUUUCAAGCGCCUCAUCCAAGAGAUUCACGUCCCGCUGUCGCCAACACCGUCUGUUGUCGACACGGAGAUCUCUUCCCAGGAUAGCAACAGCAAAAACCAGAGAAAGGGUUUAACAAGAACCCCUCGACCAUCGCCGAAAUACAGAGGCGUUCGGCAGCGGAAAUGGGGGAAAUUCGCUGCGGAGAUUCGAGACCCAAACCGUCGUGUUCGAGUCUGGUUGGGGACGUACAACACCGCGGAGGAGGCUGCAAAAGCCUAUGAAAGGGCUUCAAAGGAAUUCGAGUUGGCAACUGCAGCGGCCUCAUCUUCCUGCGUCUCCGAAUCCUCCGAGACUCUGUUCUCACCUUCGACGCCUUCCUCUGUUUUAGAUGUAUCAACAUCGGCUUCUCUUGUCGAUGGGCAGGCGAAUUCUUCCAAGGAGGAAUGGAAUUUGAUGAAAAUAGAAGAACCCAUUUCAGAUUUUGCGCUGGAAGAGUCCCUAGGGAAAGAUCUCGAGCUUCCACUCGAGAUUGACUCACUGUUCUUGGGGGACUUGGGAAGGAUUUUCGACGAAUUUGCAGGGCUCGACGAUCUACCACUUUGCAGACUCGGCGAAGAGAAGAACGGUCUGUCGGCAUUGAACUUCGAUCUCGAUCCGGAAGCGCUUGCUUGGAUGAAUUUAUGAAGAAAAUACCCGUAAAUUUUGCAGCUUAGAAGAUGGUAUUUUUUAUAUUUCUUCUUUUUAUGAAGAUGGAAGAAUUUCAAGAGCUUGUAAAAGUUCUUAAAUUUUUUAAUUUUCAUUUUGGGGUCUGUUUGGCUGUUUCUAUUGGAGGGGAGAGAUUUCAGUUUUGAUAAGAGGGUAUGGAGGAGGGAGUGAUUCUUUGGGUUUUUCUGUGCUUUUAGAGCCGUCCAAGGGUUUUUACACACACUCUCUCAAUAAGAUUUGAGAUGUUGAAAUCUGAUUAUUCUGUUUGGCAAUCUCUCCUCCCUUUGUUUUUUCUAAUUGAAUACCUUAUGUUUGUGUUCUUUUCGUCGAUCAAUAUUAUGUAAGAGAGUGAGUCUUGGAUUCUACAAGAAAAAAUGAUUCUGUUUGCGAGUA